AUACUAUCUAAUCAGCCAAAUGACAACCCGAGCAGUUUAAGAUAAUGAAAAGCUCUAACUUUGCCAAAGUUUACUUUUAUAAACGGGUGUGUGAAUCCUAAACUAUUCGUGAGAUGGCGAGAACGUUUUAUCCUGCUCUAAUUUGUGUUUCCAUAUUAUCACUUCAGUAUGCAUUUGCAGUUCCUAUCAAGAAUUCCAAAAUAACACCUGUGGAUCUGGACUAUGAAUGUGUUCAUAAAACUGAUAAUCGAAGCAACAAAGCGCCUAUUGUCUUACUUCAUGGUUUAGGAGCGAUGAAGAGUCACUGGGAUGGAACCUAUGAAGUUCUAGCUUUCAGUACUGGAAGAAGGGUGUGCAGAGCAGACUUACGCAACCAUGGCGACAGUCCUUGGGAUGGUGAAACUAGCGUGGCCGCUAUGACAGAGGACGUCAUCCACUUGUUGGACACCAUUGGUGAGGAAACGGCCGUCAUUAUAGGACAUAGUCUGGGAGGGAAAAUUGCAAUUCAUACAGCACUCAAUUACCCAGCAAGGGUAGACAGAAUAGUAGCUGAAGACAUAAGUCCAAACGUUGACCCUCAAGUGGUGGAGAGCAUCAUAAUGCUUAUAAAAACGUUGCAAAGUGUCAUGGAGCAAGUCCCAGAAGGAUCUGACGAAAAACAAGCAACUGAAUUCAUUUUUUCGCAUUUUAAAGACUGGAUGAAUCAGUUCAACUUGAGCAUCAGCGACGAACAAAUGGAGCAAGUAGAACAGGCCUUGACUUGCCCUGAUGGAAAAUGCCGAUGGAAGGCAAAUUUUGAUGCCAUUGUGGGUACUAUUGAACGUGGCUUAGAUAUGUUCUGGACUCCAAGUUCCGGCCGCUAUGAGGGUUCUGCUCUGUUUAUUUAUGGCAUGGAAUCGGAGUUCAAAGUCAACGAAGAGGAAGAAAAUAUUCGGAAAUUGUUUCCAAAAGCAAAACUGGUAGGAGUUGAAGGAGCUGGUCAUGCGAUUCAUGGACUUUUCCCAAAAUUUGACGUCGAAGUUUUGAAAUUUCUCGAUGAAAACUGAAACUGUCUUGAAAAACAAUUCUUUUUUUUUCUCAUUAAGAAUGUGAUUAAUAAACGAAUUUGAAAUUA